AUGGCGGUGGCAGAACACACGACACCCUACAGGGGCACACUCGACAUAUCCGCAAAAAGCAAGAACGACUGCGAGGGAAAAACGGGCAAGUACCUGUAUCUGUACCUGCCCUAUCUGCCCUAUACCUUUCCCUCUCCUUCUUCUUGUUGGACUCACCUCGAAAUUGGCGACAAUCUUGCAGGCUCUGAAGACCAAGGAAGACCGAUCGUGGCAGUACUCCGUCCACAGCAUGGCGUCCACAGCAUGGAAGUGUUGGACCACCACCUCUCCCGCCCUUUCCCGGAUGAUGGAUCGAUGCAACCCCAGCGCCAGAAUGUCCGCCGAAAAUCGCAGGGACCGCCAUUUUUACAUACACCUAGGUGCUGCAUUGUUGUGCUCAUCAACAUCACCUUCACAGAUUCCAACAUGGUCCAUCGACAUAGUGCAGGUGCACCACAGCCGAGCGGGAAAGGGCGGAAGACAGACUGCUGGCUGCUGGCUGCUGGAUGGAGCUUGGGGAACGUUGCCGUUGCGGUGCGAAGCGGUACGGCGCAUCAUCCUCGUCGCUUCGUCGCUUACACCGGCUGUGGUCUUCCAAUGCUUCCAGACGAUUCUCCAUUCUCGUGGGUUGGGGUUGCCUAUCCGUACCUUACCUUACCUUGGGAAAUUGGGGGUGGUCUGUUUCUGUUUCUGUCUUACUACCGAUUCGGGCGCACUCGAGCGCCGCGGGAUGACUAUGUGAUUUCGGACGUUUCUCAUCUCGUGCGUGGGACAACGGACGGUAGCCCGGAUGAACCGGGCAUUGGCGCCGUAAUUAGCCAUGGCGCUGGGAUUGGCACCUGGGACGACGACCAAGCACAGUCAUCAAAUCAACCUCGACAAUGCUUAGGCUCGCUCAGCAUGACCUACCUGGCCCUGUCAUUUUCGAAAACCAGAUCCCCAAGCUACGACAAGGAGCCAUUAGCCAUGGCCGUUCGUGUUCCCGUACGAGUGUGCGUGGGAAGAAGCCAGAACAGCGGCUAUUACUCGCGCAUCCGUACGCAGUACACACACUCGGGUAUCUCCAAAAUGAAGGCGCGCAAUGCCCGGUGGUCGGCGGAGUGA